AUGACCGCCUCGAUCCCCAUCGCAAGCUACGGCAACAACUCUGAGGUCGCGCAGGCCGUCCGUGCCUCCCUCCUCCCAGACUACGACGUCGUCCACAUCACCCUGACCCUGCAGGCCGCGCUCUCGGAGCUGCCCGCGCUCGUCGCCGGCGACACCUCGGCCCCGCCGUCCUCGGGCCUGGGGUCCAACGCCGCGGCGCCCGAGGCCGAGCGCCGGGUGCCCCGCGCCGUCAUCUUUGGCGGCGGCCUGCCCGAGGAGGAGAUCAGGCAGGUCAGCGAGGCCGUCCUCGGAGAAGGCGGCAAGAACAAGAUGAAGGAGGGGGAGGGGGAGGCCGACGGCGGCGUUAGGAUCGUGGUGGUGCGGCGCGAGGACGUGCUGGCCAAGGGGGUCGAGGGGCCGAACGCGGAGGUCAUUGGGGAGAUCUUGAGGGAGAAGCUGGCUGGGCUUUGA